GUCCUUCCCAGUCUUGCCCCAGCCUCGGGAGGUGGUGGAGUGACCUGGCCCCAGCGCUGCGUCCUUAUCAGCCGAACUGGUCCCAGCUCUUGCUCCUGCCUGUUUGCCUGGAAAUGGCCGCGCUUAUUCUCCUCCUUGGGGUGCUGGUGGUAAGCCCAGACGCUCUGGGGAGCACGACGGCUGUGCAGACACCCACCGCUGGAGAGCCUUUGGUCUCUACUAGCGAGGCCCUGAGCUCACAGAUGUACACCACUUCAAUAACAAGUGACCCUAAGGCCAACAGCACUGGGGACCAGACCUCAGCCCUACCUCCCUCAACUUCCAUCAAUGAGGGAUCCCCUCUUUGGACUUCCAUUGGUGCCAGCACUGGUUCCCCUUUACCUGGGCCAGCAACCUUCCAGGAAGUUUCCGUCAAGACGUCAUCAGUGCCCCAGGAAACCCCUCAUGCAACCAGUCAUCCUGCUGUUCCCAUAACAGCAAACUCUCUAGGAUCCUACACCAUGACAAGUGGAACCAUAACAAUGAACUCUCCGGAAACCUCCAGUAGGACCAGUGGAGCCCCUGUUACCACGGCAGCUAGCUCUCUGGACACCUCCAGAGGCACCUCUGGACCCCCUCUUACCAUGGCAACUGUCUCUCUGGAGACUUCCAAAGGCACUUCUGGACCCCCUGUUACCAUGGCAACUGACUCUCUGGAGACCUCCAUUGGGACCACUGGACCCCCUGUUACCAUGACAACUGGCUCUCUGGAGCCCUCCAGCGGGGCCAGUGGACCCCAGGUCUCUAGCGUAAAACUAUCCACGAUGAUGACUCCAGCGACCUCCACCAACGCAAGCACUGUGCCCUUCCGGAACCCAGAUGAGAACUCAGGAGGCAUGCUGCCGGUGGCUGUGCUUGUGGCCCUGCUGGCGGUCAUAGUCCUCGUGGCUCUGCUCCUGCUGUGGCGCCGGCGGCAGAAGCGGCGGACUGGGGCCCUCGUGCUGAGCAGAGGCGGCAAGCGUAACGGGGUGGUGGACGCCUGGGCUGGGCCAGCCCAGGUCCCUGAGGAGGGGGCUGUGACAGUGACCGUGGGAGGGUCCGGGGGCGACAAGGGCUCUGGGGUCUCCGAUGGGGAGGGGUCUGGCCGGCGGCCCACGCUCACCACUUUCUUUGGCAGACGGAAGUCUCGCCAGGGCUCCCUGGCGAUGGAGGAGCUGAAGUCUGGGUCAGACCCCAGCCUCAAAGGGGAGGAGGAGCCGCUGGUGGCCAGCGAGGAUGGGGCUGUGGAUGCCCCAGCUCCUGAUGAGCCCGAAGGGGGAGACGGGGCUGCCCCUUAAGUGCUGGUGAAUAGUGAGGCUGGAGGCUGGAAUCUCAGCCAGCCUCCAGCAGCUUCCCUCUCACCAUCACCCUUCCCCCUCGCUCCCACGUUUCCACCCGGCACCCCGAUCCUCACCCGAAUCUCUCUUUUUUUUUUUCUUUUGAGACAGAGUUUCGCUUUGUCACCCAGGCUGGAGUGCAAUGCACGAUCUCAGUUCACUGCAACCUCUGCCUCCUAAGUUCAAGCGAUUCUCCUGCCUCAGCUUCCCGAGUAACUGAGAUUACAGGCACCCACCACCAUGCCCAGCUGCUUUUUUGUAUUUUUGGUAGAGACGGGGUUUCACCAUGUUGGCUAGGCUGGUCUCAAACUCCUGACCUCAGGUGAUCCACCUGCCUCGGCCUCCCAAAGUGCUGAGAUUACAGACAUGAGCCACCGCGCCUUGCCUCCUCACCCGCCUCUUCAUUCUGAAUCCUCAUCAGGCUUCUCAGCCCUGGAUUUCCUGCUGGCAUCCUCACCCAGCACCUGCAACUAGCACCUGGGCAGGGCAGGGCAGGGCUGGCACCUCUCGACGUCUGUGGACUGAAUGAAUAAACCCUCCUCAUCCACCCCUAUUUAUCUCCAUCACCAUUUCCCCCUGUCUUGUUCCUGGAAACGGCUGCUGAGUCUCCACCGGCCAAACUUAUCUCACCUGUGAUUUCUUUGAGACUUCUCCUUUUCCCCCAGACCCCACCCUCGGUUGACCAGAGUCUGGGAAGAAGAAGGACAAGAGAACCCGGCAAACUCCCUCCUAGGAUUAACUUUGUAAAGCACCCUUGCCCUGUAGCUGCAAGGGCUGUGGAACCUGGGCAGCCCGCAACCACCUUUAGCUCUGGGCCCCCCAGGCCGGCCUGGAGCAUGGCUGGGUGGGGCCACCGGCCCAUGCUCUCAGGCGGGCCUGUGAUCUUUCCCAGGGCACAUGGACUCUAGGCUGGCCCUGGCCCACGCCACCACACUCUCCCCAUCCAUGGACAGAGGCAGCCAGAGGCCUCACGGUUUCUCCUCCGAGUUUCUGGCUGGAUGUAGUUCUCAGAAACCCCAGUGCCUGCGUGCGUCCACUCGUGGGUGUGGUUUGUGUGCAAGAGCUGAGGAUUUGGCGAUGCUUGGGAGGGGUAGUUGUGGGUACAGACGGUGUGGGGGUGGGAAGUGGUGCAGAGACUGAAGAGGGUCAACCUGAGCAUGGGGGACACAGGGACUGCUGAGAACAUGCGUGUCAUCUUUGCUCUGACGGGGUGGACAUAGCAGAAAAUCUAACUCUGUCUGUAGCCCCAUACAGAAUGCCAGGGUGAGUGCAGUGGCUGGUGCCUUUAAUCCCAGCACUUUGGAAAGUUGAGGCAGGAGGAUUGCUUGAGCCCAGGAGUUCGAGUCUGAAGUGAGCUGUGAUUGCACCACUGCACUUCAGCCUGAGCAACAGAGCAAGACCCUGUCUCAAAAAAGAAAAGAAAAAGAAAGCCAGGCUUCGUAGAAACAUCGUAUGUGUGACCCAAAUGUGAGUUCUUCAGCUCAGCCAUGGUAAUCCCUUCCUUGAAGUCUCCCUUUCUGCAGUACACAUGCAUGUGCUCUCUCUCUCACACACACACACACACACACACACACACACACACACGUGCGCGCUCUCCCACGAACAGAGGCAGGGGGAGAGGGGUUUGCCCUGGUUGCGGGGACUGGUCUUGCUGGCGCUUCCCCACUGCACGUUUCCAGGUUUAGUUUGUCUGUGUCUCCUCUUCCAUCCCAGGGGCUGAGCCCCUUCCAUCCUCCAAGAGGAACCAGUGAGAGUGAGUGAAGGGGGGGGCCUGGAGUCAGGGACUUCCCCUGCGGGGCCUGGGUGGAGAGGUGAGAACUCAAUGGUGCUGCCUUUGAGACCAGCCCAGGCUACAGCCUAGGAGCACACAUGGGCCAGGGCAGUUGGUAUUUCCCUAGGACAAAGAGGAAAUUUUCAAAGAGGAAGUUGUUGAGUUAGAGCUUGCGGUGGCUGAGAGCAGACAGGUUGACCUGCAAAAAAAGACAGGGGAGGCAUGUGAGUGUGACAGCCCUGCUCUGUGGCCUGGGCAGGAGAUGGGGGAAAGGGUCAGGUGGGGGAUGGCCUCGUGCAGUGGGAGAGGAGAGGGAGGGAGGGGGCGGGAAGGGGCUUGCUUAGUGGGUGGGAAGAACUGAGCUGGGAUGGAACCGGCUUCUACCAGCCAGGCUGGGCACCCACUGGGCUGCAUCUGGUGGCCUUUUCUGAUUGUUAUUUGGACUCACUGCAGCUGCAGAAUGACAGAGGCCACGUCCAAAAUCCCUUAGAGACACUGUUGUCUUAGAGUUGUUAAAAUAAGUGCCCCCAUAUCAGGUUUAAAAAAUACUGUCACUGAACAUCACUGUCCUCAGCUCCACCUCCCUUUCCUUUGACAGAUAUGGUUGUUUUCUAAGCCAGGACUGGUUUUAGUCAGGUCCUGGGCGAAUCCUGAAAAGAGAGGUAGUACGGGAAAGGAAGGCACCCAACAGGGCUUUCACAAUCCAGAAAAUAUCAAAAUAUAAGUGUUAAAAGAGAGGCACAGGCCAGGUGCGGUGGCUCACGCCUGUAAUCUCAGCACUUUGGGAGGCCAAGGCGGGCAGAUCAUGAGGUCAGGAGUUUGAGACCAGCCUGGCCAAUAUGAUGAAACCCUGUUUCUACUAAAAAUACAAAAGUUAGCCGGGCGUGGUGGCAUGCUCCUGUAAUCUCAGCUACUUAGGAGGCUGAGGCCGGAGAAUUGCUUGAACCCUGGAGGCGGAGGUUGCAGUGAGCCGGGAUCGUGCCACUGUACUCCAGGCUGGGUGACAAAGUGAGACUGUCUCAAAAAAUAAAAAUAAAAAUAAAAAAUAAAAGAGAGGCACAAACAGAGUGUUAUGAAUGCACCAAGGAAAAUGGUGUAUUCAUAACUCUCAGGUGAAGCCUUCCAAGCCAUGCGUGUGUGCACACGAGUAUGUGUGUACAUGUGCAUGUGCGUGCGUGCAUGUGCCUGUGUGUGUAUGUGUGCGCAUGUGUGUCUGCGUGUGCGCAUGUGUGUGUGCAUGUAUGUUCGCACGUGCAUGUGUACUGCGGCAAGGGAGACUUUGAGGAAGAGAUUCCAGUGGCUGAGCAGAAGGACUCAGAUUGCCCUGGGGAAAGGUUGGAAGGCUUCACCUGAGAGUGUGUCGUGGCCUUUGUCAUAUCCACUGCUUGAUUCCUUUCUUUAAAAAUUAUUUUUAUUGUUUUCUACAUAUGAGCACCACCACACCUGGCUAAUUUUUGUAUUUUUUGUAGAGAUGGGGUUUCACCAUGUUGUCCCGGCUGGUCUCAAACUCCUGGGCACAAGAGAUCCACCUGCCUCAGCCUCCCAAAAUGCUGGGACUAUAGGCAUGAGCCACUGCACCCAGCCACUGCUUCAUUUCUGGUGGCUGCUGUGCCUGGCAUGUGGCAGAUCCUCCAUGAAUAUGCAUUUGAAUGAAUGAAUGAAUGAAUGAAUGAAUGAAUGAAUGAGAUGACGCCUCAGAGAUUCUUUCUUUUGAGAUGAGGUCUCAUUCUGUCAUCCAAACUAGAGUGCGUGGUGCAAUCAUAGCUCACCACAGCCUCAACCUCCUGGGCCUCCCAAGUAGCUGGGAUCACAGGUGUGCACCAACAUGCCCAGCUAAUUUUUUUUUUUUAUUUUUAAUUUGUACAGACAGGGUCUUGCUGUGUUGCCCAGGCUGGUAGGCUGGUCUUGAACUCCUGGGCUCAAGUGGUCCUCCCACCUAAGCUUUCCCAAAUACUGGGAUUAUAGGUGUGAGCCACUGUGCCCAGGCUUGCCUCAGAUAUUUGAAGGCUGGGAAGGAUUUUGCAAAGCUGGGAAAAGGAAAAGGCAUUCCCAGCAGAGGGGAUAGCAGGUGGAAAUGCAUAAUUAAAAAAAAAAAAAAAGUGGAGCAGAUCCAGUGCAGUGGCUCAUGCCUGUAAUCCCAGCACUUUGGGAGGCAGAGCAGGGAGGAUUGCUUGAGGCUAGGAGUUCAAGACCAGCCUGGGUAACACAGAAAGACCCUGUCUCUACAAAAACAUAAAAAAUUAGCCAGGCGUGGUGGUGCGUGCCUGUAGUACCAGCUACUCGAGAAGCUGAGGCAGGAGGACUGCUUGAAGCCAGGAGUUUGAGGCCAGCCUGGGCAACAUAGUGAGACCCCGUGUCUACAAAAAGUAAACAUAUAUAUAUAUAUUUUUUUUAAAGUGGAGCAGUUCAGUGCAGAGUCUUUUUUGAACAAACGUGAAAUAGUUGUCUUUUUUUUUUUUUUUUGAGAUGGAGUUUUCACUCUUGUUACUCAGGCUGGAGUGCAAUGGCGUGAUCUCGGCUCACCAGAACCUCCGCCUCCUGGGUUCAAACAAUUCUCCUGCCUCAGCCUCCCAGGUAGCUGGGAUUACAGGCAUGCACCACCCAGCCCGGAUAAUUUUGUAUUUUUAGUAGAGAUGGGGUUUCACCAUGUUGGUCAAGCUGGUCUUGAACUCCCGACCUCUGCUGAUCCGUAUGCCUCGGCCUCCCAAAGUGCUGGGAUUACAUGCGUGAGGCACCGUGCCCGACAAUAGAUGUCUUUUAAUUUUCUGGAGGAAAAAGCAAAGCAAAAGAAGCAGUGGAUAUUUUAAGACUAAAAAGGAAAACAAAAAAAGGAGAUAGAGCAGGCCGGGUGUGGUGGCUCAACGUCUGUAAUCCCAGCACUUUGGGAGGCCGAGGCAGGUGGAUGAUCUGAGGUCAGGAGUUCAAGACCAGCCUGACCAACAUGGUGAAACCCCGUCUCAAAAUACAAAAAAUUAGCUGGGUGUGGUGGCGGGAGCCUGUAAUCCCAGCUACUUGGGAGGCUGAGGCAGGAGAAUUGCUUGAACCCAGGAGGUGGAAGUUGCAGUGAGCCGAGAUCGCGCCAUUGCACUCCAGCCUGGGCGACAAGUAAAAAACACCAUCUCAAAAAAAAAAAGGAGAUAGAGCAAGAAACAAUAAGAAAAUAGUUGGGUGCAGUGGCUAUGUGGUGGCACUAUAAGAGGCUGAGGCGGGCAGAUCACCUGAGGUCAGGAGUUGGAGACCAGCCUGGGCAACAUAGCGAGACCCCUAUCUCUACAAAAAAUUUGAAAUAUGAAAAAUUAGCCAGGUGUAGUGGUGUGCGCCUGUGGUACCAGCUACUCAAGAGGCUGAGGCAGGGAAGAUUGCUUGAGCCCGGGAGUUUGAGGCUAUAGUGAGCUGUGAUCAUGCCACUGCACUCCAGCCUGGGCAAUAGUGUGAGACUCUGUCUCAAAAGAAAGAAAAUGGCCAGGCGUGGUGGCUCACACCUGUAAUCCCAGCACUUUGGGAGGCUGAGGCAGUCAGAUCAUGAGGCCCAUUUGAAACCAGCCUGGCCAACAUGGUGAAACCCCGUCUCUACUAAAAAUACAAAAAUUAGCCAGGCGUGGUGGCAUGCACCUGUAAUCCCAGCUACUUGGGGGUCUGAGGCAGAAGAAUUGCUUGAAACCAGGAGGCAGAGGUUGCAGUGAGCCGAGAUCGUGUCACUGCACUCUAGUCUGGGCGACAGAGCAAGACUCCGUCUUGGAAAAAAAGUAAAAAAAAUAAAAUGUAUAAUAUGGUAUAAGAUUAAAUAUAUUAGUUAUGAAAAUAACUGUAAAUGGCUUAUUGAACUUAUAGUCACUAAAAAUCAUGUUUUUGAAAAUUAUGUAAUGACUUUGGAAAAUACCAGCAAUAUAAUGUUAAGUGGGGAAAAAAGCAAGUUACUCCUCUGUAAUACAUAUGAUUUUAGUUUUGUAAUAAAAAUUCCCAACCAUAUUUGCACUUAUAGGGAAACAAAGGACCCAUCGCAAAUGUUUUCCAUGCUUAUCUCCAAAGUGGUGAGUUUAUGUGUGAUUUUUAUUUUGUUUAUGCUCUUCUGUAUUUUCCGAAUUUCAUACAAUAAAUAUCUGUUACUUUUACAAUAUGAAAAAA